AGAACUCACGAUGAAUCAUAAUUAGCGAGAGCCUAAAGGGGAAGUAGUUAUGCAAGUGUGGAGGUACGAAAAUGAAACCUGGCCGUCGGACCACCGCCAGAUAUAACUAUAUAGGUACCCAUCGCUUGGCUUUCGUUAGGCCAACAUCAUCAUAAUCCUCACUUACAGCAUUCAGUUCCUCUCACAUUCAACGUUCAACACGAUCUAUGGCUGAUAUAUCAGGAAGAACAGCUGCCAUGGAGGUGCCAGGUCUUCGCGAGUCCACCAACCUCAUAACACCACCCUUGCCAUUUAUGAAGCGUAUGAAAUACUCCAUCAUCGCUUUCCUUUGGUACAGGGUACUAUUGAAGGGCAUGCUCUACUACGGCGAAGCCAAGAAGUACUUUGUUCCCCCAGGGGAGAAGGAGCCCGACCUAGUCAAGACCUACCCAGUGCGGAAGUCAUUAACCAUCCGCAUCUUCUUCCCGCCCUCCUACAAGCCCUCCACCACCACCACCACCAGCUCACCGCAGCCCCCCAAGCUCCCCACCCUCCUCACCAUCCACGGCGGCGGCUUCACCGUCGGCGAGCCCCACGACAACGACAGCUGGAACCGCGCCUUCGCCCAGCGACACAACACCCUCGUCAUCGCGCUCGACUACAGCAAAUCCCCCUCCGGUCCCUUCCCCACGGCCAUCCACGACCUCGAAGCCCUCAUCCACUGCAUCCUCGCCGACCGCACCCUGCCCCUCGACCCCGCCCGCGUCGCCAUCGCAGGCUUCUCCGCCGGCGGCAACUUCGCGCUGGCCGUAACCCAGCUCCCCUCCCUGCGCGGCCGCAUCCGCGCCGCCGUGCCGCUGUACCCGCUAGUGGUGCAGGCGCCGACGGCGGCCGAGGGGGAGGCGAAAGCGGCGCGGCGGCGGUACAAGCCCGCGCUGGGCGGGUUCCGCGGGAAGGCGGAGGAUUUCCUGCUGCCGAUGAUGCGGCUGUUCAACUGGUCGUAUCUGGCGGCCGGGCAGCGGUGUGAUGACCCGUUGCUGAGUCCGUGGUAUGCGCCGAGGGAGACGCUGCCGAAGGAUAUUUUCUUUGUGGCGUGUGAGCUGGAUAUGCUGGCGCAUGAGACGUGGCGGAUGGCGUGCAAGCUUUCGGGGAGGAGGGUGCCGGGGUUGGGGGAGAAGGUUGGGUCUCAGGAGGUGGUGGGGAAGGGGAGGUUGAUCACGGAGGGGGAUGAGAGGUUCGCGUUUGAGGAGACCAUGGAGGAUGGGUCGCGGUAUCGGUGGUUGCUUGUGCCGGACACGAUUCACGGGUUUGACCAGGAUGGCAUCGAGGGGUUGGCCGGGGAUCCGGUGUUUAUGGAGGACGCGCGGAUCAAGACGGCUAAGACGAUCGACUUGAUAGGGGAGUGGUUGUUGAGCGGGCCGUUGAAGGGGGAUUCGGAGUGACGGGAAGGGAGCCGGAUAGAAGUGGAUAGACUGAGAUAGAACCUGUAGACACCAAAUUACGUUCAGUC